GCAAAUUUCUUCCAUCCCAUCCCAUCAGGCUGACUCCCCAUGGUCAACAGGAGUCCUCACCCUGGGAUCAUUCUGCAAUCCCUAUGGGCUCCAGCUCCCAGCUUCCAUGGGCACCAGUGGACUUACAAUCCUGUCCGAGGGUCCUGCCUGCUGCUGCUGCUGGUCAUGUCAAAUCUGCUCCUGUGCCAAGGCAACUCAUGCCCGUCCUGCUGUCCUGACGUGUCUGACAUCCCCCUGGAUUUACUUAGAGAACUGUUUCUCAAUGCCACCUUGCUGUCCCAAAGCAUCCUUAAGCAUUCCAGAAUAAUGUUGGAUGAGUUUGAUGAAAAGUAUGCCCAGGGCAAACUGUUCUAUCUCACUGCCACCAAGAGCUGCCAUACCAAUUCCCUCCAUACUACCGAAGACAUGGACAAAGCUGAAAAGAUGGAUAAUGAAGACCUUAGUAAGUGGAUACUCAUGUUACUGUACUCCUGGCAUAGACCUCUGAAUCAUCUAGUCACUGACCUGCGGUGUAUGAUCGAAGUCUCAGAUACUAUCCUAUCAAAUGCCAAAAAGAACGUGAAAAAAGUAGAAGAACUUCAAGCAUUCAUAGAGAGGCAAUUCUGCCAGAUUAUUAUUCCAGUAAUGUGGAAGAUGUUGGAGAAUAAUAUUUACUGGUCAGGACUCCCAUCCCUGUUGUCCAGCAAUGAAGAUGUGCGUCAUUCUGCAUUUUAUAGCCUGUUCCACUGCCUGCACAGGGAUACACUUGAAAUUGACAUUUACACCAAGAUCCUGGCACGCUGAAUGAUCAACAACUAGCACUAACUCCACAUCCAUACCAUCCAGGUCUGAGAUGAUCAUAAUUAUCUUUCCCAAGCAAGCUUAUUUGAAAUUUACAGCAUUUUAAUGCAUGUUUUGUGAAAUGGGUCUCUUCUUAAAAAAAUAAACACAGACUCUGUAGAGA